CGCGCCGCGUCUCCCGCUCGCCUUGUCGAGCUGCUCCGGCUAAGCCCCGGGCGCGGCGGACGGAGAGCCAGGCGGGGACGGCAGGAGGAGGAGGAGGAGGAGGAGGCGGCGGCUCUUCCGACGUCCCGCCGCGGCCAUGCCGCACUUCACCGUGGUGCCGGUGGAGGACCAGUCGCGGGCCGGCUACGAUGCCUUGGAGGGGCUCAGCUUGGUGGACUACAGCCAGCCCGGGGCGGACGGAGCACCCCGAGUCUCCGGCCAGCGGGAUCCCUACGACUCGGUCAGCUCAGACGGACAUGGCAAUCAUAAGGAGAACAGCCCCUUCCUCAGUAGCUCGGACCAAGGCAAAGGAGAUUACUAUGACCGAAACUUGGCCUUAUUUGAGGAAGAACUGGAUAUUCGUCCAAAGGUGUCUUCUUUAUUGGGCAAAUUGGUCAGCUACACAAAUCUCACUCAGGGAGCCAAGGAGCACGAAGAAGCAGAAAAUGCUGAAGGCUCGAGAAGUAAAGUUUCAAAAUCUCCCAGCAUGGGGACCCUGAUGGGUGUCUACCUGCCAUGCAUGCAAAAUAUCUUUGGGGUCAUCCUCUUCCUUCGGUUGACGUGGAUAGUGGGAACAGCAGGUGUCUUCCAGUCGUUCCUUAUUGUCUUAAUCUGCUGCUGUUGUACCAUGCUGACGGCUAUAUCAAUGAGCGCAAUUGCAACCAAUGGUGUAGUUCCAGCUGGUGGUUCCUACUUCAUGAUUUCAAGAUCACUGGGUCCUGAAUUUGGCGGUGCGGUGGGACUGUGUUUCUACUUGGGAACAACAUUCGCAGGUGCCAUGUACAUCCUUGGUGCCAUUGAGAUCCUACUAACAUACAUUGCUCCCCAGGCUGCCAUUUUCCAUUCAACUGGGGCCCAUGAUACUUCCAGUGCCACACUGAAUAACAUGCGAGUCUAUGGGACCUUAUUUCUCACCUUCAUGACUCUUGUGGUCUUUGUGGGUGUAAAAUAUGUGAACAAGUUUGCUUCACUCUUUUUGGCUUGUGUCAUCAUUUCCAUCUUAUCCAUCUAUGCUGGGUCAAUUAAAUCCAUCUUCAGUCCACCUUUUUUCCCGGUGUGCAUGCUAGGCAACCGGACUCUUUCAAGGGACCAGUUUGAUAUUUGUGCCAAAACAACGAUGGUCGACAAUGUGACAGUGCCCACCGAUCUCACCAACCUCUUUUGCCCGGGUUACAACACAACCUCCGGCCACUGCGACGAAUAUUUUCAUUUGAAUAACGUGACCGAGAUUGUUGGCAUCCCGGGAGCUGCAAGUGGAAUUUUGAAAGAUAAUGUCUGGGGUAAUUACUUGGAGAAAGACGAGAUCCUGGAAAGAGCAGCCUCUCCUUCUGCUGAUGUAGCUGGAGAUAAGAACAACCUCCACUUGUAUGUGUAUGCGGACAUAGCAACUUCCUUCACUGUCCUGGUUGGCAUCUUCUUCCCCUCUGUGACUGGCAUCAUGGCCGGCUCCAACCGAUCAGGAGACCUCAAGGAUGCCCAGAGAUCUAUUCCAGUGGGAACCAUUCUUGCUAUCGUCACCACAUCUCUUGUCUAUUUCAGCUGUGUAUUAUUGUUUGGAGCUUGCAUCGAAGGCGUUGUUCUUAGAGAUAAGUAUGGUGAUGCCGUGAACAAGAACUUAGUGGUGGGCACCCUGGCCUGGCCCACGCCAUGGGUCAUAGUGAUUGGGUCCUUCUUCUCUACCUGUGGAGCAGGCUUGCAGAGCCUCACUGGAGCUCCACGCCUCCUUCAAGCGAUUGCCAAAGACAACAUUAUCCCAUUCCUCAGGGUGUUUGGCCAUGGAAAGGUGAACGGAGAACCAACCUGGGCUCUUCUACUCACAGCCCUCAUAGCUGAGCUUGGUAUUCUAAUUGCCUCUCUUGAUAUGGUGGCCCCCAUUCUUUCUAUGUUUUUCCUAAUGUGUUACCUGUUUGUCAACCUGGCCUGCGCAGUGCAGACUCUCUUAAGAACUCCAAACUGGCGGCCCAGAUUUAAGUAUUACCACUGGGCCCUCUCCUUCUUAGGGAUGAGUAUCUGUCUUGCCCUGAUGUUCAUCUCCUCCUGGUAUUAUGCUUUAGUGGCCAUGCUCAUUGCUGGCAUGAUCUACAAGUACAUUGAGUAUCAGGGGGCGGAGAAGGAAUGGGGUGAUGGGAUUCGGGGUCUCUCUCUAAGCGCUGCCCGGUAUGCUUUGCUGAGAUUGGAAGAAGGUCCUCCCCAUACCAAGAACUGGAGACCCCAAUUAUUGGUGUUGCUGAAGCUGGAUGAGGAUUUGCAUGUGAAAUACCCCAGACUCUUGACAUUCGCAUCACAACUAAAAGCUGGGAAAGGCUUGACUAUUGUAGGAACUGCCAUACAGGGUAACUUUCUGGAAAGUUAUGGAGAGGCUCAGGCAGCUGAACAGACCAUCAAGAAUAUGAUUGAGAUUGAGAAGGUCAAAGGAUUUUGCCAAGUUGUUGUAGCUAAUAAAGUCCGUGAUGGCAUUUCCCACUUGAUACAGUCCUGUGGAUUAGGUGGCAUGAAGCACAACACUGUGGUUUUGGGGUGGCCCUAUGGCUGGAGGCAGAGUGAAGAUUCUAGAGCUUGGAAAACCUUUAUAGACACCGUCCGCUGCACAACUGCAGCUCACCUUGCCUUGCUUGUGCCGAAAAAUGUGUCCUUCUAUCCCAGCAAUCAUGAGCGUUACAAUGAAGGGAACAUCGACGUGUGGUGGAUCGUGCACGAUGGAGGCAUGUUGAUGCUGCUUCCAUUUCUCCUCAAACAGCAUAAAGUUUGGCGAAAGUGCAAAAUGCGAAUUUUCACCGUGGCCCAAAUGGACGACAACAGCAUCCAAAUGAAGAAGGACCUGGUGGUCUUCCUUUACCACCUCCGAAUCGAGGCUGAAGUAGAAGUGGUGGAAAUGCAAAACAGUGACAUCUCGGCCUACACUUAUGAGAGGACCUUGAUGAUGGAACAGAGAUCUCAAAUGCUGAGGCAGAUGCGGCUGACCAAAACAGAAAGAGAGAGGGAGGCUCAGCUGGUGAAAGACAGACAUUCAAUCGUAAGAUUAGAGAGCCUUUACUCUGACGAGGAAGAUGAAGGGGAAGCAAUCCCAGAAAAGAUCCAGAUGACUUGGACAAAAGCUAAACAUGACCUUGAGAAUCAGAUCGGAAAUAUUGUGGUGGAGAACUUCAGGGAACUUAUCAGUCUUAAACCUGACCAGACAAAUGUCCGAAGGAUGCACACUGCUGUGAAACUGAACGAAGUCAUCGUAAAUCGAUCCCACGAUGCCCGACUUGUUCUUCUCAACAUGCCUGGUCCACCAAAAAACAUGGAGGGUGAUGAAAACUAUAUGGAAUUUCUUGAAGUGUUAACUGAAGGUUUGGAGCGUGUAUUGCUGGUGCGAGGAGGUGGCCGGGAAGUCAUUACUAUUUAUUCCUGAUCCAAAAAGAUUCCCUCUAGUUACUAUUUUACCUGCUUCAUGAGAAAGGACAUUCCAGCCAGAUUGGGAAGACUUUUGACUUCUCUUACUUUCUGUUCCUCGGUUUCACACAUGUGCCCCAAUACACUACAGAUGUGAAUGCAAAUUCCAGUGAAUUCUUCCAUUUGCCACGUAUCUGCCAGGGACACGUGUUUAAACACAACGCUAGGAUGCUAGUUUGCUUCUGUUUUUUUCCUAUUCUGACAGAUUUGUAUGCAGUUUCAAUGCAGAAGGUUUUCAUACUAUUUUUUUUUUCAAAAAAACAAGUACAAUUUUUUUUAAUGUUGUGUAGCUUGCUAGAUGACUGAAUUUGGUUAUUAGAUAACAGGAUUUAGAACAAACCAAUUUCUCCAUUAGGAUUUAACGGGGACUUUUAUAGAACUGCUAUGGUUGUUAUUGGUUGUUGUUUUUUUUGCUCAGUAUUUUCUACAUGAAAAGAUCCCUGCAUUGUUUUUAAAAUGUGUUAUGUGUAUAGUUUUUGUAAACUCACCACAGCCACAAUUUCAGUGCUGGAUAAGAAUUUAUACUUCACCGGUUUUCAAUUAUAAUACUACGGUUUUUUGCAGUGUUACAUACAAAACUAGGGGUCUCAGAUUGAAAUAGACCCUGUAUGACCUAUUUAUUAUUUUUUUCUAUUUAUUGAUUAGAAUCAGUGGCAAUAAAAAUAUCACCUAGAGUAAUUUGUUAAGGUUGUGUUGCUGCACUAAGAGCCUGCUGGCAGCUAAAUUUGCAACUGUCAGGGGUUUUCUUAAGGGUUUUUUUUUUUAAAGGUUUACUGCUAUCUUCGUUCUCUUCCAAACUGCAAGCAAAUAUAUCAAAACUUGUUAAGUACACCAUAUGCUCGCUACAGUUUGAAGAGUGUAGACAUUAAAGAAAUUACAUUUUAUACUCGAAAAAUGCAGCUUUUAAAAAUUACUUUCCACUUCCAUUCAUUUGUACUUAUUGUACAGGUCUGUAUCUCUCUUUUUCCAAUAAAAUGUUGCGUACUUUU